AUGCCAACUACCAUCCUCCACAAACCCUCACCCAUCUCCAUCCUCCACUACACUGAACGUCGUCUAGACAUGUCUCCUUCCCGCGACACUGUUUCUUGCUCACCCGAGUCUACCGAUUCUGUACGCCAGGAGAUAGCCGCACGCCGCGUCGGAGAGCGUUCUGUUACGCCGUACCCUCCUCCGAUGUAUUCUCCUCGAGUUACUUUCGGAAACAAUCGCUCCGUCACUCCUUAUCCUGAUCUACGUCGUUGGCCCUCUCGUGAUGGCGGUUGUGGAUUCGGCACUCCUAGCUCCACCAUCUCCGCUUCAAAGGUCGAUGAGGAAGACGAGUCCCUUGACCAAUCCCGUGCUCCAUCCCCUUCUUCAAAGGAAGACGACGAGGAGGGCGAGACUAGAGGACGAACCCUCAGCCGCGUGAGUAGCUGCCGCAGCAUCGAUAGCCACUAUACAUUCGGUGUUCCUACAAACACGCCUCUCCGUUCACUCUCGCGUUCAUCGUCGUUCUCCAAUGAAGCUUCUCCCGAGGACUCGAAGGCUAUUCCGAAGCCAGUCACACCACCGGUUAUUGCUCGCGCGCUGGAGGACCGUAUGUUUGAGAUCGAGGUUGCACGCAGGGUCAAAGAGAUGAUGGAAUCCACGUCUGCGGAUUACCCGGACUUGUUUAUGGAAGACUUUGAAGACUUGGACCUCCUUUGCCCACCAAACUCACCCACUCCCAUGGAUUUGAUCAACUAA